AUAGUAUCAAAUAUCUCCCGUCCCAAAGAACCCAACAGAAACGCCUCUCUCUCUCUCUCUCUCUCUCUCUCGCUGCGUGUGGUUGGAAACUGGAAAUGGAGGCAUCGACGACCCAAGAAUCGCAGCAGCAGCAAAAGGCAGGUUCGAGCACGUACAGCUACGAGUCCCCGUUCCCAAUCUACGCCCUCGCAUUCAACAGCCACAACCGACUGGCCCUUGGCUCCUUCAACGAAGAAUACUCCAACAAGAUCCAAAUCCUCUCCUUUGAUCACCAGGUGGACCCCACCUUCAUCCCCACCGUCUCCUUCGACCACCCUUACCCCCCAACCAAGCUCAUGUUCCACCCUUCCAACCCCAAACUCCUUGCCUCCUCCGGCGACUUCCUCCGUCUCUGGGACAUCCCAUCCGACGGCUCAGAUCCCUCCCCAGACCUCCCUCCCAAAACCAUCCUCAACAACAGCAAGACCAGCGAAUUCUCGGCCCCACUCACCUCCUUUGACUGGAACGACGCCGAUCCCCGCCUCAUCGGCACCUCCAGCAUCGACACCACCUGCACAAUCUGGGACCUUGAACGCCUCACCGUCGAGACCCAGCUCAUCGCCCACGACAAGGAGGUCUACGACAUCGCCUGGGGCCCCGCCGGUGUGUUUGCCUCUGUUUCCGCCGACGGUUCUGUUCGCAUCUUCGACCUUCGCGACAAGGAGCAUUCCACCAUUAUCUACGAGAGCCCCCUCCCCGAUACACCCCUCCUUCGCCUCGCCUGGAACAAGCAGGAUCUCCGCUACAUGGCCACCGUCCUCAUGGACUGUAACAAGGUCGUUAUCCUUGACAUACGUGCCCCGGCCAUGCCCGUCGCUGAGCUGCAGAGACACCGUGCCAGUGUCAAUGCCAUCGCCUGGGCCCCGCAGAGUGCCCACCACAUCUGCUCCGCUGGGGAUGACGCCCAGGCACUCAUCUGGGAGCUGCCUGCUGUUGCUGACCCCAACGGGAUCGACCCCAUCCUCGCAUACUCAGCUGGGUCGGAGAUCAACCAGCUGCAGUGGUCCCCCCUCCAGCCUGAUUGGAUGGCGAUCGCGUUUGGGAACAAGAUGCAGCUCCUGAAGGUUUGAGAUCAAUUUAUGGGAUUGUUGUAAGAGACGUUGUGCAAGCUGAGCUUCUGGGUUCCACAAUUCAAGUUUGCUUGGGUUGAUUGUAACAUAUUUCCGGCAUCAUAUGCUAUCUAUUUGUGAUGUGAGGUUUGGGUGCAGCGACCGUUGGAUGUAGACGUACCACUACAUGUUAGUCUCAAUGGCUUCCAGAUAACAGUGACAAUGGUCGAUUACAGCAUCUCAGAAGGGACUCAGGUGAAACACGUCUGUUCCUUUGGAACUUACAACUGGGCAUGCUUUCAUAAACUUAAGGUAGGUUAUAUUCACAAGUCAUAACCUUGAAAAGAGGAUGUUAGCUGUAUGUAAUGCUUGCGAAUAUCAGAUUGCACAUAGUCCUUGCAAGUAUUAAAAUUGUUGCAGCAUCAUUAUGUUCCAGUCUAAUUUGUAAACUAAGAGUAGGGAGGUCUGAGUAAUUUUAAACGAUCACAAAUGUGUGGUUCUUUUUCAUAAUUCAUUUAUAUGAAUCUUCUCUAGUGUUGACUA